AUGCAAGUAUCGCGCACAGUCUACCGCGCCGCUCUCCUCCACCUAUCCGUCAAUCCUUUCGUGCGCGCCUCAAUCUCAGCUGGUACUACUACCUUAACAUCCCUAAACGCGGCAACCCAAGCACCAAACACCCGGCUCUACAGCAUCCUCUUCCCGCAGUGCACGACCACCUUCAAAACAUCAGACUGCACACGCCAAACACGCACAAUGUGUGACUCAAGCUCGAACUCCGACUCCGCAGCCGCUGCAUCUUCAACCCCCAUCACCCAAAACGCAGACGCCACAAACCAAGAGACCCAAGAACAAGAACCCAAGAAGCACCUCUACCUCCCCGCCAGUGACCCCUCAAACCCCAUCGCAAACCAACAAGGCGACGGUGGCAUUAAACUCGACAUGAGUGGAGGCGGGACGGAGGUAAAAUUGGAUCAUCUGGGUCCGAUGGUUGUUAACGUCGAUGGGACAUUGUCACAGAUUGGGAACUGGCAACAGAUGACGGAGAUUGAGAAGAGUAACACCCUGCGCGUCCUCGGGAAGCGGAAUCAAAAGCGGUUGGAGGCUUUGAGGGCUAAGGAGAAGGCCGAGGGAGGGUCGGAAUAA